CGUUGCAACGUCAGAGCGUGUCACGUCAAAAGAGUGGAAAAAACGGAAAAAAGGAAAGAAAGUGCUGAUUAUAUUGCUCCACCAAAAGCAACGGUCCCAAUAAAACACCAUUAAUUUCCGCUUUGCCAGCUGGAAAUUGAUUGGGCAGUAACGUGCACAGUGUUGACGUUGCGUUCCCCAUCCCGAUUGUUGUAAAAUUCAUACGCUAAAGUGUUGUUUUCCACGCGCAUCGAUAGUCGGUGAUUGGGGCUGGAAUUUCCCACUCUUCGGAACAGCGAAUCGCUUCCCAAACCUUCCACCCACCACCCCCGGUUCGUGACAAAGGCUACGUGUUGUUGGGAAGAUUGAAAAUUAGCUAGUUGGGCUCAAGAUUAUCGCACCGAAAUGGCUGGUGGAAGUUCACCCUCGAAGGAGGACAUCGAUGCCAUUUUCCAUCGGUUACGAUCACAGGCAACGAACAAGAGCUGUUUCGACUGUGGAGCGAAAAAUCCCACCUGGUCCUCGGUAACGUACGGCGUGUUUAUCUGCAUCGAUUGUUCCGCGGUGCAUCGGAAUUUGGGCGUGCAUCUGACGUUCGUACGUUCCACCAAUCUGGACACGAACUGGACCUGGCUGCAGAUCCGCCAGAUGCAGGUCGGAGGCAAUGCCAACGCGGCACAAUUCUUUCGCCAGCAUAACUGCAACACCACCGAUGCGCAACAGAAGUACAACUCACGGGCUGCCCAGCUGUAUAAGGAUAAGCUGCUAAACAAAGCGCAACAGUCACUACAGCUGUACGGAACGACGCUCCACAUUGACCAUGUGCAAGACCUGAACACUGCCAGCGAGAAGAAGGAGCUAGACUUUUUUGCCGAUUGUGAGAACUUUGACAGUGACGCGACCGUCACGACGCCACAGACGGGUAAGGACGAGCGUAACAACAAUCCCCGGCCGAAGAUCGAUCCCGAGCAGGAGAACAUUCCGAAACUGGCUUCCCUUAGCGCCACGCUGGACCCAUCGGCAGGGCCCCGGGUCGACUUUCUCACCUCCGAAGUACCGACCGAACCGGUCAAAUCAACGAUCGGUGUGCGCAAGAUACAGCCGAAAAAGGGCGGGCUGGGCGCAAAAAAGGGUGGUCUCGGUGCAACCCGUGUCAAAACGAACUUUGCCGAAAUAGAGGAACGUGCCAAUAUGGCCGACAAGCUGAAGCUUGCACCAGCGCCCGAGAAGAUCGUCACCGAGGAGGAGAAAGCCGAAACGCUGGCCAGCGUGCGGCUCGCCUACCAGGACCUAUCGAUCAAGCAGCACAAGGAGGAGGAAAAGCUGAAAGCGAUCGAUCCCAACAAGGCGAAACAGAUCGAACGGCUCGGGAUGGGCUUCGGAAGGGCGUCCGGCGUUUCACACUCCGCCCUGACCGACAUGAAAACGCUCACGCAGGAGGAAACGACACGCAGCGGUACCUCCGUUAGCAAAGCGUACGAUCGCGAUGAUUCCUCUAGCGGCGGUGGCGGAAGCGGUGGUGGCGGUGGCGGAGGAAGCAGCAGCGGUAACGGUGGAAACGAUUUUUUCGACGACUAUUCCAUAAUUUACGGGUUUUCCGGCAGCGGCAAGGGUGCCGAUAUGAGCGAAGCGACACAGAUGGGCUUCGAUACGCUCGAACCGAUCGACAGCAAGCGUCCGACGGUGAAGACGAUGUUUUCGCCGGCCGGUGGUAGCCUGAAGGGAGGCGCUAGUAGCAGUAUUAGUGAUCAACCAACUUACAGCCGUGGUGGAGGAGGCAGCAGCAGUAAUAACAGCCACAGCAGCAGCAGCAGCAGCAGCAAUCGAAGAAACGCUAGCAAUCAGCCCCAGCCGGUCGAUAAUAGUGAUGUGGCGCAGAAAAAGUUCGGCUCCGCCAAGGGCAUCUCGUCCGAUCAGUUCUUCGGCGAUGAGCAGUCGAGCUACGAGCGGUCGGCGAACCUUUCCAAAUUCCAGGGCUCGACCAGCAUCUCGUCCGCCGACUAUUUCGGCCACGGUUCAUCAUCAUCGAUGGGUUCUUCCGGUGGUGGUGGUGGUAGACCUGGAGGAUCACGCGGUCCCGCACUGCAGUACAACGGGCCCGACCUGGAGGACGUUAGGGAAAGUGUACGGCAAGGCGUCACGAAGGUGGCCGGCCGGCUCAGCUCACUCGCCAGCGAUGUGAUGAACUCGAUUCAGGAUAAAUACGGUUACUAAGCAGCGCAAAGGAAACGACGGACCAGCGGAACAAUCGGCCGGCUUAUGUUUUGAUGUUGUGUUGGUACAGUUAUGGUUGUUUUUAGCGUAUGUUUUAAGUUUAAUGUUGUAUGUACUGUACGAAAGUGUGUCGCUUAUGGAAAUACAGCUGUUGAAACGCUUCCCGACCACACCACCUGUAAAGCUCGUCGGCAUCUGCUCACUCGAGCGUCGGUUUAAGCUUCCGUCUAUUAUUCUUUAUGUUGUGCAUACAAUUUGUGCCUUGUGUUUUUAUCUAUUUUACACUAUAUUUUCUUCUUAACAUUAAAACAAAGACGGCUUAAAAGGAAACUUCUCACGAUAGCGCCUUAUAGAGAAAAUGGCGCGCACUCCCAAUGCUAUAGAGGACAGUAGGGUUAUAAUGUUUAGCAAUGAUUAUAUAGCCGACACACACACAUAAGGAAACAAAAGGAAGCCAGGUACGCAAGUUUAGCAUUAGCGGAAGUAGAGAAGAAUAAAUAGAAUUACACCUUUAACGUCCUGAACUCUGUACUGUGGCUUUCUGCUCGGUGAAGCCAUUCGAAGGCGCUCUGCUCCGCGAAGAAAACGGGCGGGUUAGCAGAUAAGAAACCUUUUUUCUCCCCGCCGUUCCUGUAUUCAUCCUUCCCUAGCUGGGGAAUUUACCGAAAAGACGAGAGCAAGCGCAAGCAAAAAACCUGAACCAUGGAUUUCCCAGGUUCAGUUCGGAAUUCGAUUCGAGGUGCGGAGCGCGAAUCGGAGGAAAGGGUGGCAAAGGAAGGAUUUAUGUACAGUGCUUCAAAUGGAAACUCGGACACCUCGGAGGUUGGAAUUUGAACAAUUUCGAUUGAACAAUCGCAACGUGUCCCGUUCCCCAUUUUGGAGCACUGUAGUUGUUAAAAUUGAAAUAAAAUAACCGAACCCGAUCCGUGUGAACGCAUGUUAAA